GAGAAACUUUUAGCACCUGUUCCAGAGGCAGAACUUUUGGAGAUACGCGCGGGCUGCGCGAAAACCAGCGCGUGAAAAAAAGACACACUUUCCUUGGGACAGCCAAAGGGAUUCAUUCACAAGGGAAUUUUUGUGCGUAUUUAAUGGUGACUUCUGCUGCGUCCAUGUCUGACAUGUACAAUCUGGACUCGCAGUGCGUAACGCCACCAUGCAACAUGAGCUGGGCCAUGGAGCCUGCCAACUUUUAUGAUAAUAAAGGAGAUGCAAAACCAGGAGAGAACAACAACAACAACAGCAGCAGCACUGGCAACAUGAUGGAGCUCAGCAAUGCUCCUGCUAUCUAUGACGAUGAGAGCGCCAUCGACUUCAGCGCCUACAUUGAGUCCAUGUCAACGGUCCCGUUGGAGAUCUGCAACGACGAGCUCUUCGCAGACCUGUUCAACAAUACUGUAAAGCAAGAAAAGCCUGACUUUUACAUGUCCAACGCGUUUGCGCACAAGAGCGCGGAGAGGCACCUGGAGGGUUUCGGAAAGGGCUCGUUUUGCGCACCGAUUAAGAAGGAGGCGGACUGGAGCGACAGCGAGCACUCCUCGUCUUUACCGUCGCAGAUCGAGGCGUGCGCGCAGACCUCCGUCAACUUCAUGCACACGGGACAGCCGACGCCCCCCACCACACCUGAGCCCGAGCCCGUGGCACACAGGAGGCCAGGCAAGGAGAAGGGCAAAAAGAACGUGGACAGGCACAGUCCGGAGUACCGGCAGCGGCGCGAGAGGAACAACAUCGCCGUGCGUAAAAGCAGAGACAAGGCGAAGCAGCGCAACUUGGACAUGCAGCAAAAGAUGAUCGAGCUGGGCGCGGAAAACGAGCGUCUGCACAAAACCAUCGACCAGCUGACGAGAGAGCUGAGCAGCCUUAGAAACUUCUUCAAACAGAUGCCCGAAGCCUCGUUUGGGUCGGCGGCGCGCGCGGCUGUUGACAGUCGGUGACGCACGCACGCGCAAAAACUGCGAAAAACAAAACCCUGCCAAAAACAUACCUCAGUGAACUUGUUCUUCUUGUAGCAGACGCGCUUAAAGUUACACGUUAGACGACGAUGAUGGACUUUUUGUGAAAGCUUCUUUUGUAUUCUAAAUUAUUACAGAAAAAACUUCAUAUAUGUUUUUAUGGUACUUGUUUUUAUAAUUCCCUGAAACUUCGUAUUAAUGCCAGAGC